CAGGAUGGAGCACUACCGGAAAGCUGGCUCUGUGGAGCUCCCAGCACCUUCUCCCAUGCCCCAGCUACCUCCUAAUACCCUGGAGAUGAGGGUCCAAGAUGGUAGCAAAAUCCGCAACCUGCUGGAGCUGGCACUGAGCCAGUUAGAAAGGGGCAGUGCUCGCCAUGUGGUGUUCUCUGGUUCUGGCCGGGCAACAGGCAAGGCUGUCAGCUGCGCUGAGAUUGUCAAGCGCCGUGUCCCAGGCCUGCACCAGCUUACCAAGCUGCACUUCCUGGAGACUGAGGACAGCUGGGUUCCAACCUCACCUGACACCGGCCUCGACCCUCUCACGGUGCGCCGCCAUGUGCCUGCGGUGUGGGUACUGCUCAGCCGCGAACCCCUGGACCCUAAUGAAUGUGGUUACCAGCCCCCGGGAGCACCCCCUGGCCUGGGCUCCACUCCCCGCGCCAACUCUGGCCCCCGACCCCGAAGAAGGGUUAGAGACACCCGGUCCUGAGAACCUGCCCCCGAGCCCUGUCCUCCAGAUCUGU